AAGAAGAGGAGUGUGUAAAUGCCGUAGGCGUUAAUCUACAAUAUGGGCGUCAAUAGUUAAAGGCAAACAUUUCCCAUCCCUUUCGGCAAUACGUUACAGAACCAGCGACACAACUUCGGCAGCGUCUCGUUAAUUCUCGGCUAUCUUCGGACUAACAACGAACACUCAAGAAACAUGUCUCUGUCCGGCUGGGUGUGUCUGAUCACAGGCGCCUCCAGAGGGAUCGGCAAGGGAAUAGCCCUGCAGCUUUGCGAGGCGGGAGCAACCGUCUACAUCACCGGACGCCAGGAGAAGACCCUUAAAGAAACAGCAGCACAGGUUAGCGAGAGGGGGGGAAAGUGUGUGCCAGUCAUCUGUGAUUCCACCAGUGGUGAAGACAUCGAGAAACUGUUCGGACGCAUUCGAGGAGAGCAGAAUAAUAGACUGGACCUCCUGGUGAACAAUGCUUACGCUGGAGUACAGGCGAUAUUUGACAACGAAGGAAAGAAAUUCUGGGAGACGGAGCCAUCUUUAUGGGAUACCAUCAACAACACAGGCCUGAGGGGGCACUAUUUCUUUGCCGUGCACGCAGCCCGCAUGAUGGUGGCUCAAGGCCGGGGUUUGAUCGUCACCAUUUCGUCAAUGGGAGGGCUGCGGUAUCUCUUCAACGUGCCGUACGGCGUCGGGAAAGCGGCAUGUGAUCGCAUGGCAAUAGACAUGGGUAUUGAGCUGCGAAGUAGAGGAGUGGCCUCUGUCAGUCUGUGGCCGGGACCGGUGAAUACGGAGCUGAUAUCUCAGUUCAUGGAGGAUGGUGCACAACAGAAUGUAGAAUCCAAGUAUACUGACUUGUUUGCCAAUGGAGAGACCACGGAAUUCAGCGGCCUGUGUAUUGUCAACCUUGCUAAAGAUAAAAACCUGAUGUCGCUGACUGGGAAAAUUCUAAUGACCUGUGACCUGGCCAGGCGCUAUGGGAUCCAAGAUGUCGACGGGCGCAGCAUCACUGACUUCACCUCCCUAAAGUUCCUGUUGACACAAGUCCCAUAUAUCUCCUGGCUCUCAUCUUUGGUCCCUUCAUUCAUAAGAAUGCCACGCUUUUUGCUCCCCUUGGCCAGCAACCACUUUUAAACACUUGCACUAUCAGCAUGAACACACUCCCGGUAGAAUAUGAAAGUAACAACUGCAGUCGCUCACAAAAAGUGAGUGGACACUUUAAACAUUCCAGCAAUCAUUAAAUUGGAUCUUCUCAAAGGACA